AUGUGUGCAAACAGGGAUAUCUCAUAUGAUUUAUUUCUUAAAGAUACAACCAUCACUAAUGUUGGUGCCGUAUGGGAAAUAUCAAAGCCAAAAAGUGUGGUUAUUGUUGGUACUGUUAUUAGUGUUAACAAAUGUUGGUACCAUAUGACAUGCCCUAAGUGUUCACACGAAGCCACUUUGGAGGUCGAGGAAUUGUUUGCACCUGAUUGUUUUGAUGAUUUUCAACAAUUUGAUGUUUAUUACUGCUCCAAUUAUCAAUGUUCUGAGAAUACAGUUCAACCUGUUCCGAAGUUCAAAAUUAAUCUUGAAGUUUCUGAUGAGUCUGAUGAUGUUGAGCUGAUUUUGUUUCACGACCAGGCCGUUCAGCUUUUUAAUAAGUCGCCAAAACUGUUGAUUGAAGAGAACACAAUGUCUGACGAUAUUAUUAAGCUUCCAGAAGACAUAAAGUUAAUUGUUGGGAAAGUUUUCGCUUUCAAGAUAGAAGUCACGGAGUACAAUUUGGUUCAUUAUGACGAGGUUUAUGGAAUUACCCAUAUAAGCGAUGAUGCAAACCUUAUUGUUGAGAUUAAGAACAACUUUCCUUCACUACAGGAUCAGAAAAAUGUCAAUGGCAAACGAUGUGUUAAUGAAGUUAAAGACAUUCAUGUGAUUGAACACUCUGUUUCAACAAAGCGCAAGACCAUCGGUUGA